UUUCCUUGUGUUAGAAUGUCACACGUCACUCUAUCUGGUGUCGACCAUUAAGUUUUGGUUUCCAUAUUGUUAGAGCUACUGAUGAUCACAGUCUGCUCUGAGAGAUAAACAUGAAAUGUCAGGUUUUAGUCUUGGUCCUGAUUUUGGGCCUCACCGUGGAAGCAAGGCCAAAGCACUGGGAUAAACUCUUCAAGAAGUCUGAAGAUGAUCGUGUACCGGGCCAGUACAUCGUUUCCCUUAAGCCUGGGUUUGAUGCUGGUGCAUUUGUUUCUCGAGUCGAAACUGCAAAAUCAGCAUCAUUUGUGAAUUGUUCCUUCUCUCACGUCUACAACAUCAUCAACGGGUUCGCCGCCAAACUUACCUUUGAAGGUCUUGAAGAACUUCUCAGUUCGGAUGAGGUUUCUUUGAUAGAGGAAAAUGGAAUCGUUCGAGCUCACAAAGUUGGAUCUUGGGGGAUCGACCGUGUGGAUCAGAGAUAUCUUCCGUUAGACGGAGAGGCCGAAUUCACAGGUGAUGGAGAUGGCGUGACGGUCUACAUUUUAGAUACGGGAAUAUACCCAGGUAACGAAUACUUCGAUGGCAGAGCUACGGUGGGAUACGACGCUAUAGGCGGAGGACAGGAAGGAGUGGAUUGUAAUGGACAUGGAACUCACUGCGCAGGAACCAUCGGGUCUAAUGACUAUGGGAUUGCUAGAAAAGCCGAAUUGGUUGGGGUUCGAGUUCUCAACUGUCUGGGUAGCGGACUAACCUCACAGAUCGUGAAUGGUCUUGAUUGGGUACAAAAGAACGCAAAGAAACCAGCAGUAGCAUCCAUGUCGCUUGGAGGUGGUGUAUCUCCGUUGCUGGAUGAGGCGGUGUCUUCGCUCAUUGAAAGUGGAGUAUUAGUGACCGUUUCGGCGGGAAACGAUGAUCAUGAUGCCUGCAGAAAUUCGCCAGCCCGAGUCGAAGAAACUGUCACUGUUGGUGCUACAGAUAGAUCAGAUAUACGGGCUUACUUCUCCAACUACGGCACCUGUCUUGAUAUCUUUGCCCCCGGUGUUGACAUUACCAGUACUUGGUACACGGAACCAACAGCUAUCAACACAAUAAGCGGAACAUCAAUGGCAUGUCCACAUGUAGCUGGAGCGGCAGCCAUAGCACUUGGAAACGACAACGGCCUGACUCCAAGUGCUCUUAAGAGCAAGAUCUUGGCUGAUGCAACAACUGGUGUAGUUAAUGACCCCCAGCCAGGGUCGCCUAAUCUCCUGCUUUACAUACCGUGAAUGGAUCUGCGCCUGCGCUUAUCAAUAUUGCACUUAUUUAAAUAAACUAUGAUCAGCAUUUUGAAAAAAAAAUUACUUACACUGACAGUCUUAUCAAGUUUAAUGCUUACUUCAACUCCCUUUGAUUGAAUAAAACGAUAUCAAAAAUAAUAUUGAUUUUACUCAGGUGACCAUACCUUCCUUCACUCUCAAUUCUCUCAUGAUUAAUAUAUUUCCAAGUAGUUCAUAUAAAUCUACUAGGUUAUAUUUGAAACUGAUUUUAUUUCCUAAAUGAAAACAAGAAUGCAGGAUAUCGUAUCAUUUCAGUACUCUGAUAUGUUGUGAAUCAAAAUAAGUGUUAUUCUAUAUAAUAAAGUACUCCCCACCGAAUCCCACUGAAAGCUUUGAAUACGGAAUAAUUUUGACCGCCUUUUCUUAUAAUUUUUAAAUCACUAACACAUGUAUUUCCGUGUGAUAAACCACGGAAACAUCAUAAUUAUGUAAGGUUGGCGUGACGAUCAUGAUGCAUUACUAUUAUUUGAGCAAGCGAAUUUGAGGAAGAAUCAGAGUCAUUGUUUUCCCGCCAAAACGAUCACCAGGACUCUCUGGCUCGUAUUCUGAUUUCUGGCUUAUCUUAUAGACCAUUGGUCUAACUCUGUGCUCACACUAUAUGGUCAGCCGAAGAUGACACAAUAUUUGAUCACAUGGUUUGUUUCACAAGUUUACUUUGCUAUUUCCUCAUGCUUUAAUGAUGGGCAAAUAUAAUAAGAACUUCCUGACAGUUAUGAAUAAUUUGUGUAUCAAUUAAAUUAGUUGAUUAGUUAAGCUGGAAAAGGAGCUUUUACUGUUAGAGAUUUGUGUCACAAUUGGUUAUCCAUAGUUUAACCAAUCCUUUAGAGCAGAGUAUGUGGUAAACUCGAGUUUAGAAGAAGGGCACAUGAGCACUGUAAAAAAUAUUGGGCAAAAUUUUAACCAGCACGCGGGUUAUUAUGUAUCCAAACAAUUUGGGGUAGUAUUUUACCCAAUGCGGGAAGCAUAUUGUC